CUGAAUCUAAGCUUAGAUAUACCAACACCGACCAUGGGUCUUACAGAGGAACAGAAACAGCAUUUUAUCGAGAAUGGCUGGUUAAAAAUCGAAAGUGCUUUCACUGCAGAUCAGGCUGCACCUUUGAUGACAGAUAUUCAAGAUCGCCUCAGUGUAGACUUGAAUGAUAAGACAACAUGGAAACAGUGGCGGACCAAUCUCAAGCCUACACAAUGGGUUCGGGCAUCCGAGUUCGCCCCGAAAGCCUGGGAAGCUAUCUGCGAGCUCUCUGGUGGAGAGGACCGCAUGGACCCUGAAGGCUGUUUUUGGAGCAAUGGUUUCAUUGUCAACCUUGGUGAUGCUGUCUAUGAGGGUAAAGAAACGCCACUAGAGGAUCUGGACGUCUUUCAUGUCGAUGGCCAGUUCUUCGUCCAUUAUCUUGAUAGCACCGAUCAGGCUAUUCUCUGUGUACCACUUUGGACAGACGUACUCCCAGGUGGUGGUCCUACGGCCCUUUGCCCGGGGAGUGUGGCCACUAUUGCAAAAUGGUUGUAUGAUCAUCCCGAGGGCUGCAAUCCAGACAUGGUCCCACGAAGCGAUCCAAGGUUCGAUGAUACUUACGGGAGCCACUUUGGUUGGGCCAAUGAAGUUGCCCGGGCCAAUGGCCGUUUCGACUUGGCGACAGGCAAGGUCGGCGAUGUCUUCCUGUUACAUCCGUUUUUGAUCCACUCCACCACACGCAAUGAGAAGCAUCUUUUCCGCGCCAUUACAAACUCCAAGACGAGCUUGAAGGAGCCUUAUCAUCUUUAUCGUACAGACGGCAACUACAGCGUUCUUGAGAAGAGCAUUAGGCACGGUUUAAUGGAGAAGGGCGUGACGGAGAACGAUUUGAUGAACUGGCAUAUCACCGCCCCUCGGGAAGGAUUCAAGCCGGGUCUGAUUAAUAGGAAGGUCCCGACAAAGGCUGACGUGACGUCGGUCAGUCACCUUGGAGCAAUGGCAGUUAUUUGA